AUUCUUCCUUCUCCCAACGACGGAAGAAACUUCCUGCCUGGAUAUCCAUCCAUCCAACCGCUCCUCCCUCGUCCGGCAGGCGACGACUCGAUUCCUUCCUCCCUUCCUCCUCCUCGUCUCUUUCAUCGGCGACUCCGAUCUUCUCUGCCGUCGCCGCCGCCGCCAAGAGAUCGACCCGACCCCGAGCGCCCGACCCGACCCCCCAAUCCAACCACCAACCGCCGGCGCGCGCGGAAGAUUCAGAUUUGGCCCCUCGCCGGUAAGGGAGAAAGCGAGGAUGGGUGCGUGGAUGUCGCGCGUGUGGUUCCUCAUGUUCCCAGCGCGGGAGUACAAGCUCGUCGUUGUGGGGCUCGACAACGCGGGGAAGACCACCACGCUCUACAAGCUCCACCUCGGCGAGGCCGUCACCGCCGCGCCCACCAUCGGCAGCAACGUUGAGGAGGUCGUCUUCAAGAACCUGCGCUUCGAGGUCUGGGAUCUAGGAGGGCAAGAAAGCCUGCGCACUUCGUGGGCGACGUACUACCGGGGAACACACGCCGUGAUCGUGGUGAUCGACAGCACGGACCGCGCCCGGAUCAACAUCAUCAAGGACGAGCUGUUCCGGCUGCUGCAGCACGCGGACCUGGAGGGCGCGGUGGUCCUGGUGUUCGCGAAUAAGCAGGACCUGAAGGACGCCAUGGCACCCGCGGAGAUCACCGAUGCCCUCUCGCUCCACAGCAUAAAGGACCACGACUGGCACAUCCAGGCCUCGUGUGCCAUCACCGGCGAUGGCCUCUACGACGGCCUGGGCUGGAUCGCGCAGAAAGUCGCCGGCAAGGCGACCGCGAGCUGACGUGCAGGAGAGCAGUGGUUGUGUGUUCAUGAACGGAUUGGAUUUGUUGAAGGGUAGGGGUGGUGGCAGGGCGGGUUUGUUUCUUCCUCGGCGUCACGCCCAAUGCUUAUUUAUGUUUUUUUAAGAAAAGUGGCUUGAAACUUUGUGUCUGUAUUCCAAUCAAUAUGAAUAUAUGAAAAUUGGGAAA